AUCUCUGGCGGGCCGAGUCGGGAAAUGUCUACCGGUCAGCUAGGCAUGGAGAGCCCGGUCCUCAGGGCUCGGUGCCCGGUGCAAGAGCAGCGUGCCCGUUGGGAGCGGAAACGCGCCUGCACCGCCCGGGAGCUGCUGGAGACCGAGCGGCGCUACCAGGAACAGCUGGGGCUGGUGGCCACGUACUUCGUGGGGAUUCUGAGAGCCAAGGGCACCCUGCGACCACCAGAGCGCCAGGCCUUGUUUGGGCCCUGGGAGCUCAUUUACAGCGCCAGCCAAGAGCUGCUUCCUUACCUGGAAGGUGGGCACUGGGGACAGGGGCUGGAGGGCUUCUGUCCACACCUGGAGCUGUACACCCAGUUUGCUGCCAAUGCAGAGAAGUCGCGGACCACCCUGCAGGAACAACUAAAGAAAAGCAAACGUUUCCGGAGGUUCGUGAGGCUUCAGGAAGGCCGCCCUGAGUUUGGGGGCCUUCAGCUCCAGGACCUGCUCCCCCUGCCUCUGCAGAGGCUCCAGCAGUAUGAAAACCUUGUUGUUGCUUUGGCUGAGAACACAAGUCCCAACAGCCCUGACCACCAACAGCUCACACGGGCUGCUCGGCUGAUAACUGAGACCUCCCAGAGAGUCCACACCAUUGGUCAGAAACAGAAGAAUGACCAGCACCUCCGGCGUGUUCAGGCUCUUCUCAGUGGACGCCAGGCAAAGGGGCUUAUCUCAGGUCGCUGGUUCCUGCGCCAGGGCUGGCUGUUAGUGGUGCCUCCCAGUGGGAAACCUCGGCCCCGAAUGUUCUUCCUCUUCUCUGACGUGCUUCUCAUGGCCAAGCCUCGCCCCGCGUUGCACCUGCUGCAGCACAGCACCUUCGUUUGCCGGGCCCUCUACCCCAUGGCCCAGUGUCAGCUCCACAAGGUCUUUGGCCACUCGGGAGGCCCUUGUGGCGGACUGCUCAGUCUGUCCUUUCCCCACGAGAAGCUACUGCUUAUGUCCACCGACCAGGAGGAGCUGGUGCACUGGUACCGCAGCCUGACUCUGGCCAUCAGCAGCCAGAAGAACUAGAAGAAUCUUACAAAUUCCAGAACCCAGGAUACUUCAGGGAUAAGUCAGGGUCAGGAGUACAAAACUAAACACAGAACCCUUCAUGGUUUGGGAACGGUCAUUUUGUGUUUGCCUGGAACCGAGUUAUUUGACCAGAUCUUAAGAAUCAAGAAACCAAGUCUGACCGAACUGAACCUGCGCCAAACCAGCCCCUCCAGCACAGACGAGGAGAUUGGGGGCUGAUAAGCUUGGUGCCCUGUCGUUUGUCAAGGUUGCGGCUUUGCAAAUGUGGCUAUUUUUAUAGUUUUAUUUUCCUACUGGAUUGAAGUAAAGCUUUUUUGUUGCUGUUUUUCUGGAAA